CUACGCGCUCUCUCGCUCUCUCUCUCCCCGUCUGCUCCUUGUGGCUGAGACUCACGCAGCUCUCUCUCUCUCUCUCUACACAUUGCCAGCCCCUGAUGUGAUGGUGAAGAAACCCCGUUGACAAGGCACUGCUUUUUCAUGACGGUAACAAGGUCUGCAAGCCUAGUGUUCUUUCUAUGUUCCAACUAAACUCUUAUCAUAAUGAGAGACCUGCCUUCGUGUGAAGAUGGGGUGGCUUCUCAACUGAAAGGACAUCAAUUUUAUUAAAGAUCUGGGAUACAAGAAGACAUGGAUGAUGAUGACGACUCCGGACUUUUUGAUUUUAUCGGAAGUGACCCACAAGCAUUGAAUUUCUACCUACAUGGACCUGGCAGUAAAUCGGCCAACAAUGAAUUAACCAGCCCAAGUUUCCCUUCAUCUAACUCAAAUUCCAUAUUUGCCAAUGCCAGUCAUGCUGAUCCCAAAUCGUCCAUCAAAAUUGUACACAAUCAAAUGGGGGAAACCUCCACCGAUGGAUUACAAAUGUCAGAUAGCCUUCAGUUCCUUCAAGAAGAACUUGAGUCUUCCUCUAUGCCUGAUCUCAAUGAAGACAUUCUGCAAAAAUCACUAGACGAGGCCAAUAUUACAGAGCAGAUUCUGGCAGAGGAGGCAUAUUUGGAUGCCAGUAUAGGCUCUGGCCAACAGUUUUCAAACGUUCCACUUCAUCCACUUUCAUCAGCAUCCUUCACUCAGACAACAAACGUCCAAAAUUACUCAGGUCAAUCAUUACAUUCAGUAGGAGUGACCCAUGUGCCAGUUGUACAGCAACAAGUGGGAACAUCAUUUCAAAGCAAUACAGUGGGUGUACCGCACGGAUUUAUGCAACACGGGAUUGUUCCUAACCAGCAUGUAUCUAACAGUAACCAUAGUAGUUCCGGCCACAUUCGUCUAAUUAGCUCUAUUAAUAACCAAGCUCCAGUGAUGACUAUUAAUAACUUGGAUGGUUCUCAGAUUAUACUGAAAGGUGGACAGCAGGCAUCUUCAAAUGCCAGCGGAGGACUGAUGGGCCAUCGGCAAACUCUCAACGGCAAUACGGUGUUUGGAAGACCAAAUCAAAGCCCAGGAGGACAACAAGUUACUGUACCGUUCAACAGCGGUAGCUUCCAGACAUCCCUACCUGUCCAUAACAUUAUUAUCCACAGAGGAUCGGCACCAAAUGCUAACAAAUCUCAAGUUAACAUUCAACCAAAGCCUAUUCAGGUUGGACAGCAGGCUGCUUAUAAUGUUAAUAAUUAUGGGAUACAGCAACAUCAUGUACACCAAGGGGUUUCUUUUACCCAUGGAAACCCUCCUCAGAGUUCAGUUUGCCAGCCAGUGGAUUCUCAUCAGCCAGACUCUCGAAAAUCAGGCGGCCAGCAGCUAGGCGGCAGCAUUGUGAUCCAGUCUGCCAUUGAGCAAUCACACGGCCAUUCAAACCAGUUCCUUAUUCCUGCUGGCCUUUCUGUAAGUCCUGGUUCGGUCCAGCACAUUCAGAACAUGAACAAUCCGCUUAUUCAGACGCAGCUGUCCCACCUCAGUGGCCAUCAGCUAGCGGCAGAUCACUUAAUGCAGAAGAGAAAUGCAGCCGCCAUGGUUAAACAUUGUCAAACAUACUCUGGGCAAAUGCUAAACUGCCAAGGUACAUCUGUGCAGCUUAUUCCUGGCCAGACAUUCACAGGACCCGGAGGACAGGUCAUUUUAAACCACGGACAAAUGUCGCCUACGGUUUUACAGUUGUCUCCAGGCCAAGUAAAUAACGCUCAAGGUAGAUCAGCUUAUCAGACUGGCUCCAGCAUGCCUGCCCCCAACCGUUUCACAGUUGUAGGUUCUGGGACAGUUCUUCAUAACGUUGGAUCAUCAUUCCAGACUUCUCCAGGUGGCGAACCUUGUAUCGGCGACCAACAACAGCGCAGAAUCCAUACUGCAAUGAGUCAGUCUCAUGUUUCCAGCGCAAAAUCUACCAGCAUUUUCAGCAACGCUGCAGGCACUGAGAAGACUCACCUCUGCAGCCAGAAGAAAGUUAUGAACCUUUCGCCAGUUUCCACCAUGAAAACCCAGGAUAGCCUGAGACAACCCCACAUGCCAAGUAUGAUGAAUAAUGCAUCAGGUCCCAACUCUGGGAACAAGACACCUUUAGCUUCCGCACAACAGGAAUGUUUAAUAGGAUCUUCACUGCAGAAUAUGGAGGCUGAUGGAAUAGCAGCAGGACUGAGGAGGCCAGCAGUUCGACAGCUUUCAAAGGAAACCUUAACUCUUCAGCAUCUUCAGAAAGACCAGGAAGCGUGUGUGAUGCCUGAUAAAUCUACGUUCAAGUCCUUAGAUGAUGCUGUUAAGAGACUUAUCCCGUAUCAUUUGUUUAAAGGGUCACUACCAACUGAUGAUGAUUUACAAAAAGUGGACAAUGAAUUUGAAGCCAUGGCCACACAUCUUCUCAAGAAGACCCAGGCAAUGUUUAAUAAGUACCGCUUGCUCCUUUUGGACGAUGCCAUGCGGCUAGAUCCUUCCGCAGAGAUGGUGAUGUUAGACCGAAUGUUUAAUCAGGAUGAAAGAGCUGCUCUGACGCGUGAAAAACGCAUGUCGCUUGUUGAUCCUGAUGGCUUCCUGACAGAAUUUUGUUGCACCUCCAAAUUCCAGGAAGAGUUUUCGAAUGCAAACCUGUCCAGAAAUGAUGACAUGGCCGAUGCAUCUGAAACGGUCGAUAUUCCUAAAGACCAAACGGAUUUAACCGUGUCUCGAAAUUCCGACACAAGUCGUGUAGUGCCUGAUAAAUGCGCAGCAUCACAGAAGUUCUCUGUGCACAGAGAAGGCCUUAAUAAAGACGAUCAGAAGAAAACAGGUUGUUUUCCAAGAAAACAGCAGUCAAGCCUUGAUACGCAGAAAUCCGAGAGCCAUGCUAAGUCCAGUGAAUGUCCUUCGGAAUUAGAUAUGAAUUGUAAAUCAUCGAAGGACACGCAACAUAUCGCAAAGCCUCAGAUCCCCACUGCUACCUUGAGGUCAAAACAGGAGACUGCAGAUGUUAAACAUCACCAGGAAAUGUCCCCAGGUCCUUCAAGAAAACGUCAGGUCGAGUUGAUGAACAUUCCUGGAAGUCCUUGUAAGCGUUUCAAAGGUCAAAACGAAUCUUUAAAAGCAACAGUUAAAGACUCUUUGGAACUGAAAUUAGGGGAAAAGCACUUACGAAAAGAGAACACUGGCAGCAGUUCUGAAAAAUAUUCACCAGCUGAAUCAGAAGAACACUGUGCGGACAAAGCGGUUUCAGACGCUAGAGGAGGUCCAAUGGAAACGGAUUCUGUUUUAGAAGCAGCUGUGAAUAGCAUAUUGGAGUGUUAAAGAAGAGAAGUUCUUCUACGUGACGUAUAUCAUCAGUACCUUGGGAGCAAUAGCGAAGGCCGUCUGACAAGAGACAUAGGAAGAUGGGAGUUUGGAGAAAACCUGCCAUAGACAAUCAGAACGGAGAUUUUAAAAAUUAUAUUUUAGUUAUAUGUGGAUUCAAUACAAGUUGAUUUAAUGCAAUGUUUGUCUUUAAGGGUGCAAUCUUCUUUAAAACAAAUAUUUACUUGUCAGAGAACGUCAAAGAUAAAUUAAAGCAAAUAGGUUUAGAGACUUUAUUACAAAAAAAAAAAAAAAAAAAAGAUUCCAAUGAGGUUUUACCAACAUCUAGGCAUAGCGUUUGAUACAAACAUGUUAGCGUGCGAGAGGGGGCGGCUUUCCUUAGCUUGAAAAUUGCGUGUAUCACCUAUUAGAAUUUAAGAAUUCUAUUUCAAAGUGAGAUCGCACCUUCACUGAAUUUAUAUCGACACCGAAUGCUUUUGUUUAGAAAGUUGUUUUGGUCUCCAGAGCAUGUGCAGUUAAAACUUUCACGUUAAUAUUCACAGUUAGAACUAACCCACUUACACAGCCCAUUAAGUGUGCUUCUAGUGUUGUCACAUGUUAGUUAUUGUUAGUUAUGUUGUGGCAGCGUAAAAGAGAACCAGCGCAGCUGUAA